AACGGGGGUGGACUUACGAGGUGCGCAGGUUACCAAAAGUGCGCACCUUAGUAGAACCAAUCACAUAACUCCACGUCAGCACACACCCCCCCUCUCUAGACUCUCUCUGGUUCCCCGCGAGCAAAAAAGAGAGAAGAGAGAGAGAGAGAGAAAAUAAAAACUCUCACACCAAUUCGCCGGUCUUCUUCAUCUACAGAGAGUCUAUAUUUAUAGAUAUUUAUAUAUUUAUAUAUUUUUUCCCAAUUCCGAUUAUACCCUUGCCAAUAAUCCCCAACCUGCCCCUAUGGCUCCAGCUCAACGACUCAUCCGAUUCAGCGGCACGCUUCGGCGGACGGAAGCACCGCGCCGUCCGUCGACUCCGCCGCCGUCUCCUCCGCCUAAGAAGCUGAAGCCGCUAUCGGAAGUAAUGGCGAAGGCUGGUUUCGCAGUUGUUGAGAAAAACGACUACAGCGACGUGAGCUGCGAGCAAUGCGGGUCGGGCGAGCGUGGCGACGAGCUUCUCCUCUGUGACAAAUGCGACAGAGGCUUCCACAUGAAAUGCGUCAGGCCGAUCGUCGUUCGAGUCCCCAUCGGAUCCUGGCUUUGCCCCAAUUGCUCCGGCCACCACCGACGUUUAAGAAGUUUUUCUCAGAAGAAGAUAAUCGAUUUCUUUCGGAUUCAGAAGUGUAGUAGUGAUAAGAAGAAGAAGGACAAAUGUUCGAUGAUUUCUCCUACGCCAUCUCCUCAAGAUGCUAGAAAGCGUAGGAGACGCUCAGGAUCAUUGGUGUUGCAAAAGAAAAGAAGGAGACUAUUGCCAUUUGUUCCAACAGAAGAUACUUCCCAAAGGCUGAAACAAAUGAGUUCCCUUGCUUCUGCCUUAACAGCACUGCACAUGGAAUUCAGUGAUGAUCUCACUUACAUGCAUGACAUGGCUCCCAGAUCAGCCAACAAGGCCAAGUUUGAAAAUGGUGGAAUGCAGGUUCUUUCCAAAGAAGAUUCCGAGACCUUGGAACAAUGCAGAGCUAUGUGUAAAAGAGGAGAAUGCCCUCCCCUUAUUGUAGUUUUUGAUUCAUGUGAAGGUUAUACGGUAGAGGCUGAUGGCCAGAUUAAGGAUAUGACAUUUAUCGCUGAAUACACGGGCAAUGUGGAUUAUCUUAAGAAUCGGGAACAUGAUGAUUGUGAUAGUAUGAUGACCCUUCUCUUGGCAACCAACCCAUCUAAAAGUCUGGUCAUCUGCCCUGAUAAAUGUGGGAACAUUGCGCGCUUUAUCAAUGGCAUAAACAAUCAUACUCCGGAAGGUAGGAAGAAGCAGAAUUGUAAAUGUGUGAGAUACAGUGUUAAUGGUGAAUGCCGAGUCUUUUUGGUUGCUACUCGUGAUAUUGCUAAGGGCGAAAGGCUAUAUUAUGAUUAUAAUGGAUAUGAGCAUGAAUACCCUACUCACCAUUUUGUCUGAGAUAGCAUAGAGUUAGUAUUGUCUAACAUUCCUACACAAAUGGGAUGUAAUUUUGGAUCCCAAUAGAUCCUUUUCUUUAUCCAUUUUUUCAAAGCUGACUCAAUAUUUCUGUGGAGCAACAGUUUUCUUCUACAAUUAGCCAUGGGCUCUUCAUUGUAAUUUUUUAUGUAGAGCUGGCCCAAUAUGUGGCCAUGAGAGAAUAGUUUAGGCAAGGAUGAUUUUCCUUGAAUUUGGCAUAUGAAGAAAGAUUUCUUCGUAUUUAAGAGACAAAUCUUUUAUGAUACAAUUUUAAAUGGAAAUCUUAUUGUUUUUUCCUUAAAUA